UCCAUUUCUUGGUUUUUAGGAAAUAAACGAACAGUUAGUAAACUCCCAAACACAGCAUAAAAAAUUUCUCAGUAGCAAUGGCGAAAUCGAAACCCGCUGGAGCCGUGGAGGCGGUCAAAGAUCUCUGGAACUCUCAGAUCAACGACGAAGAGAAGUGGGCUGUUAACGCGAAGUCGCUGCGUGCAUUUGGGCUGUUUGCUGGCUCCAUAUUUUUCAUGCGCAAUUUUGGGGAGCUAAUGGCUAUAUAAAGAUAGGAAUUACUGAUGU